CGACGUUUAUUUGUUGUUAUUUUUGUUAAAUCGCUCUCCUCAGUUAAGAACAUAUUUAAAUGAUUUGAUUUACUAGAACUCACAUUUAAGCACUAACGUCCACGUCGCUUUUGCCCAGUAAAUAUAUCGCAAAGUCAAAAACGAAAAUCUCAUUAUCUUUUUCGCGCAUUUUCAAAACGUAGGCCAACCUUGCAGUUAGUUGCUGACGUGGUUCAAUUUGAAUCCCAAUCAAUUCCUGUCAAUUCUUAACUUAAUUUAAUUAACAUAAAAUAUGUUAACAAAGGCAUUAUUGAUCUGCUGCCUGGUGGCAUUAGCCCAGGGUUAUAGUUUCACAUCAAAGGAAGUGAAAUGUCAUGUGUGCAAGGCCGUUGUAACAGAACUGGAAGAAGCCAUAUCCAAGGAGGAUGCCAAUAAAAAGGUGGAUGUCAGCGGUUUUCGUCUCGAUGCUCAAGGAAAUUCAAUUAGUAAGCGAGUGCUCCUAAUUAAAUCCGAGAUGUUCCUUACUGAGCUCAUGGAAAAGAUCUGUGACAAAAUGGAUGAUUACUUAAAAGCCACCUACAAAAGCAAUGGCAAAUUUACUCUGCUCAAAAUGAUUAUCAAUGGCAAAAUGAAUCCCGAAUCAUCGCUGGUCGAUUUCGUUCAGGAUGGCGAUCUCAACAAGAGUUUGGGUCACUUUUGUAAUGAGAUUUUGGAAGAUCAUGAAGAGGCUUUCCUAAAGGCCUUCCAAGCCGAAGAAGUGGGCAGCGAUUUGGACAUAAGAAUUUGCUCCGAGCAUGCCAAAUACUGUGAUGAAGCUCCCGUUCAGGACGAGUACGAUUUCGAUGGCAAAGAGGAGCUGUAGGCCAAAUGGCUUAGUCUGAAUAGUUAAACGAAUUUCCUUGAUCGUCAAUUGUUUAUGAUAAAAGUCCUCCAAUGGAAGGACUUUUAUUUAGUACUGAAAUAAUGUAUAUUUUUUUAUAUGCCAACGGAGCAAAACAAAAUUAUAUGUGACAAUAAUAAAAAGACAAAAUUCUUAAUGUGCAAUGCUCUCCGAAACAAGUAACAAGAAA